AUGCCCAGCAGUAAGGUGAUUGAUCCAAGGCACAGUUACGCGGACGAGAAGUUCGAGAAACUUCAAGAGUAUUACAGUUUUAUGAACGGCCGCAUCAAGGAGCCCCAUAACCCGACAGAACGUCGUGAAAUAUUAGAAAAUGCAGAGAAAAAGUUGUUCGCAUUCAUAGACACGCACAUAAAGGAUCUGAAACGAUUGCUGUUCGCUACCGACAUGGCGCUUAUGUCUAUGGUAUUGCUUAAGCUGAACAAGAAGAUGGACACUUCCGAAGCCAAGAUACGUUCCACACAAGCUAAAAUACCUUUCGGCCUUUACAGCAGUCCAGAAUUCAAAUGUUUGGGAACGUCGUACUACAUAGCAUCCGCUCACAACCAGGAAGAUGCACAGAUGAUACUCUCCAGUGAGAGGAAACCACAUUGUUAUACUUUCAGGGGUACGUGGAAUAGAAAAAAGCAUUAUUAA